UUUUAAUACGGAUUCUUUCCAUAUAUUUAUUAUAUUUAGAUUCUUUGUAUUUUUGGACUGUUUAUAAAAAUGCCGACUAAAUAUAAACGUAUGAAGAUAAAGGUGGAAAUGCCUAAAGAAUUUACACCAGCCACAAUAGACGCAAUACAUCGUAUAGAAGCACACGUUAAUGUUAUCGGUGUGAUGUACCUCUUACAUGACAAAGUGAAGAUGUUUACUGUGCCCAGACAUGAGGAGGUGAUACUUUACAAACAAUUGCCAAAGCUCAACAAAUUAAUAAGUUUGGCGAUCAAAGAAAUUGAUAUAUCCGAUGAAAUAGUUGCAUAUCGAAUUAUGACGAAAAAUUUCGAGAUCAUGGUGGCUGGGGACCUCGAAUUCUGCGUGUGUGUCAUGCAAAAGGUUACCAAAAAGGAGCGCUAUCUUAAAUAGGCUGGCACUUUAAAUACGAGUUUUUUUAACAAGAUAAUUUAAGGGUACGUAAGUACCUUGCAGAAUAAUGAAAAUUAUAUCAAACCUAUUAAAAGAUACCAGAGACGAAUGGCUUGUUAGAACCACAGCUACAAUUAACACCGCUAAUCCAAUAGUGGAUAGGAUCAUGGACGAUGAUUCGGUGGAAGGUGUUGUUAUGACUAACAGAGAGGGGGCUCCAAUAUUGACGAAUGUUAGCGUCACCGGCGCUACGAAUUAUGGAAGAGCUCUUCAUAAGUUCGGCCUGCUGUCACAAAUGUACGUCAAGGAAUUGAAUCCGACAGAAGAAAUAAUGAUAAUACGGAUAAGAACAAGGAAGAAUGAAAUUAUGGUGGCACCAGAUAAGGAAUUCAGUAUUGUUGUCAUACAGCACGCUCGAGCUCGGCGCAAGGUUAAAGAGAAGAGAGAGAAAAAUAAAUAAGCGCUUCAUUUAGAAGUAAUUAUACUAUUUAAUUCUUAUGGCAUUUUUAUGUUAUUAUUAAAAAUAAACCAACAAUAUAA